GCCCAACCAAACACACCCUUAAAGUGAUGAACACACUAAGAAGUCAGAGCAACUCUUAUUGACAGCUGAAAGGAGCCGUCGAUGGCUGGUGCUACCGGCGGCGCCGGUUCUUCCAAUCCCUCACCGGCGCCUGCGCCAAAAAUCCUUCUAGCCAAGCCCGGUUUGGUCACUACCGGUUCUGUCUCUAGUAAACUCAUCCGCAGCGGCGCUGCCGGUGGCGGCGGUGGCGGCGCAGAGGACGAGUCGGUUUCGCUCCGAUCGCGGCUUCCGCCGAUUGGUUCUCUCAAUCUCCUCUCCGAUUCUUGGGAGUUUCACACUGAUCGGUUUCUCCCUUUUUUGACUGAUAAUACAGAUUUUACAGUCGUUGGGGUGAUUGGUCCACCGGGGGUGGGGAAAUCAACCAUUAUGAACGAGCUUUAUGGCUUUGAUGGAAGCUCACCUGGAAUGCUACCACCUUUUGCAAUCCAGUCGGAGGAUAUUAGAGCAAUGGCAAGGCACUGUACAGUUGGCAUUGAACCAAGAAUUUCUGCUGAACGGCUUAUACUUCUUGAUACCCAGCCUGUGUUUAGUCCUUCUGUUUUAGCUGAGAUGAUGAGGCCUGAUGGCUCAUCUACAAUUUCUGUUUUAGGCGGAGAAUCUCUAUCGUCCGAGUUGGCUCAUGAACUUAUGGGUAUACAGCUUGGUGUUCUCCUAGCAUCCAUUUGCCAUAUUUUGCUGGUGAUAUCAGAUGGAGUACAUGAUAUUAACAUGUGGCGCUUGAUGUUGACGGUUGACUUGUUAAAACAUGGUAUACCUGACCUAUCAUCAUUAACUCCUUCCCAUUCACAAAACUCUAAUUUGGGGUCUGACAAAGAAGGCAAAGACAAAGUUCUGGAAGGUGGAGAAGAAUACUUGGCAGCUCCCAUUUUUGUCCAUACAAAACUGCGAGAUCAAGAUAUCACUCCGCGUAAUUUUGUUCAUCUGAGGAAGGCACUCGCACAAUUUUUCAGCUCCUCUACAUUUGUGAAAGAAAAAUGUGGAAACACAACCAAGGAGCAUCUCGUUUCUUCUGUACCCCCUAAUAUGCCGAGUACUGAUUUGGAUUCAACACUGCCAAAUUUAUUUUUAGUCCCAUGUAAGAGUAAAGUCGAUUCCCCAAGAGCUCAGUAUGAAAGCUAUACCUCUAUGUUGUGGAAAUUACGGGAUCAGGUUCUGUCCAUGAACUGCCCAUCCUUUGCAAGGACCAUAUCAGAACGUGACUGGCUGAGGAACUCUGCCAAGAUAUGGGAACUAGUGAAGAACUCUCCGAUCAUUGCUGAGUACUGCAAAACACUUCAGAGUUCUGGUAUGUUCAGAAGGUAAAAACCCUUGCUUCUUUCCCCAUUUGCUUAUGCCAAAAGGAAACAAAAGAUGAUCUCGACGACUGUUCUAUCUAUGAUAAGUUAGCUCGAUUCUGUAAAUUAUUCACAUUAGUGUCAUGUAUCAUUUCUUUCCUUUUAGUCUUUUUUAUCGGGCUAAUCCCUUUUUCUUAUUGAAGAAAAUGAUUGUUGUAAUAUAUGAUGGAUAAUUAACUAUUCUCUAUUUCUAUUUUGUUGUUGGAAUGACACCUCAUUAAGAGAGAUGGUUUUUGUAAUAAUCUCAAAUGUGCUGCCCUUCUUUUUCCAGAAACAAGAGAGAACUAGGAAGGAAUGCAAGGAAGGCAUGAAUGUUUAAAAGAUCCUCUUUUUUUCGUUUUUCGGGUUGGGAGGAAAAAAAGGGUAAAGAAGAGGUUCAUUUGAAUUACUUGUUCGUCAUCUUUGUUUCUUUUGGCAUAUCAUUCACUGCUAGAACUUCAGAUUUCAAGGCUGAUCGGCUGGUAAAUAUUUCUUGUAUUUUUUUCGGAUUUAGUUUUUUCCCAGUGUAGGUGAAUGAUGAUAGUAAUGUCUUCUUGCAUACAUGUGCCUGCAUGGCUGUGUUUUUUCA